AGUGGAGUGAAGGCGUUAUUUGGAGGGAUUGCGAUAACACGCUCGACCACAGUGAGCUAAAAGACACCGCUGCCGCUAACAGACACACACGUCUGUUCUGCGUCUGUGCUGCGUAAAUGGACACAACAUCUCCUCAGAGAAAGACGCUGCCAGUGAGACAACCUGUGUACCAAAUGCAUCCUGCAAAUUAGGACGCCUAUUUGCUGUGUAUAUAAUAAUAGAGCCACCUUUUUUUUUUUUUCGUGCAACGGAAGUUUUUGGGGGAUUUUUCAUUUUAGGCUGCAAACAUGGACGAGGACAACCAAGUACCUGAGGACCUGUCUUUGGAGGAAAGAGAUGAGCUGUCGAACAUACGACGCAGGAAAAAAGAGCUUCUGGAUGAUAUUGAACGGCUGAAGUUUGAGAUCGCAGAGGUGAUGACUGAGAUCGAGCAGCUAACCUGUGUGGGGGAGAGCAAAACCACGCAAAGAAACAAACAGAUCGCCAUGGGGAGGAAGAAGUUCAACAUGGACCCGAAAAAGGGGAUCCAGUUUCUUCUGGAGAACGAUCUUCUCCAGCACACCCCAGAGGACAUCUCACAGUUCCUCUACAAAGGCGAGGGGCUUAACAAAACAGUCAUCGGGGACUACUUAGGGGAACGGGAUGAAUUCAACCUCAAGGUCCUCCAGGCGUUCGUGGAGCUUCAUGAGUUUGCAGACCUCAACCUCGUACAAGCCUUAAGGCAGUUUCUGUGGAGCUUCAGACUUCCUGGCGAAGCCCAGAAGAUUGACCGUAUGAUGGAGGCGUUUGCCUCCAGGUACUGCCAAUGCAAUCCCGGCGUCUUCCAGUCCACAGACACCUGCUACGUCCUAUCAUUUGCCAUCAUUAUGCUGAACACAAGCCUGCACAACCCCAACGUCAGAGACAAGCCGCCCGUGGAGCGCUUCAUCUCCAUGAACAGAGGGAUCAAUGAGGGGGGAGACCUCCCAGAGGACCUACUCAGGAAUCUAUACGACAGCAUCAAGAGCGAACCCUUUAAGAUCCCAGAGGAUGAUGGGAAUGACCUGACGCACACUUUCUUCAACCCAGACAGAGAGGGCUGGCUGCUUAAACUAGGGGGCCGAGUGAAAACCUGGAAGAGGAGGUGGUUCAUCCUGACUGACAACUGCCUCUACUACUUUGAAUACACAACAGACAAGGAGCCUCGUGGGAUCAUCCCGCUGGAGAACCUCAGCAUCAGGGAGGUGGAGGAGCCCAGGAAACCUAACUGUUUCGAGCUCUAUAACCCCAAUCACAAAGGCCAGGUGAUCAAAGCCUGCAAGACGGAGGCAGAUGGGCGCGUUGUCGAGGGCAACCACGUGGUGUACAGGAUAUCAGCGCCCACGCCGGAAGAGAAAGAGGAGUGGAUUAAAUCCAUCAAGGCCAGCAUUAGCAGAGACCCCUUCUACGACAUGCUGGCCACCAGGAAGAGACGCAUCGCCAACAAGAAGUGAAGAGGGACAAUCUUCUCAACCUCCGUAUCCUUCAUCUUUCUCUCCUUCGGUUCAUGAACACAGAAACACUGCGAAGCUGGUUCAACACAGAAAUGAACCUCAGUUUCUCUCCUGGACUGUCUACAAGUCGUGUGCACUUGCUGGGCAGAUAUCACACACUUCUGAGGAUACUCCGAUAUGUGGACUCUUGCAUGGAGCAGCACAUAAACAAUCAAGCAGCCAGUUUGUUUCUCCUCCAUCUCAUACACACCCCCUACCUCCCCCUCUCAUGGUCAUAACAUGUUUCCAAGUGUCCCUAAAGCACAACUGCCAUGUUUCAGGUGCACAUGCAUGCAUGUGGGUUAUUAUAGACCAAUAUGUUUGUGAUUGUGUGUGUGUGAUUGUGUGUGUGUGUGUGUGUGAGUGUAUGCAGCAGUGUGCAUGCGAUCAAUGCACACAGUAUCUACAUUACGGGCGCAUAAGUGAUGCAAGCGCUCUCCACUGUGCUUUAUGAAGAAGUCGUAAUUCAAAAUCAGAGUUCAGAUGUAUGGUCGGCUAUGAAUAGAAGAGGAGACAGAUGGACACAUUUGGGAGUUGGUGGGUGGAUCAUCGCAGCAUAACCUCACCUGGACCACGUGGUCAUCUCACUCUGGUGCUGAAUUCUUCUCUCCAGGUGCCAUGGCUGAAGCCCUGCUCAGAGUGACCUCAGAAAACAGUGCUGGCUUAACAUUUAGGUUUCCCAACAAAGCGUCACAGUCUCGAGUCAGCUGGGCUGAUUUCAUUUAUUUGUGCGGAGCAGAGAAUUUUUGAAAUGUGCAUACUUUUUUAUUUUAGUUGAGGAGAAAAGGAGCUUUUGCCCGAGGCCUGAGAUGAAACUUGCUUUUUUGGACUCAAAGUUGUAAUCCAUAAGAUUUCACUCCUGAUCUGGCGACACAACCGUGAUUAAUGAUGGCAACAACAAGUGUGGUUUAAUAUGCAGCAAACACUUUGUCAGAGAUGAAACAGAAGAGCAAGUAAUGUACAGUAUGUUUACAGUGCAAAGUUGAAGAAGAUUAGUUAUAUGCACAUCACGUAGGUAUGACGCUAUCAGAACAGCGUCCAUAAAGAAAAAAGGGUAGCACCUGCACACUACUCCAUGACACAAUAUUCUUCGUCAGGUCAAAGUGUUUCACCAAAGUGUUUGACCUGACGAAGAUCCAAGCGGGAUCGAAACAUUUCAAUAACAAUAUUGUGGCAUGGCGUGGUGGAUGUGGAGUGUGCAGGUGUUAUCGUUCUGUUUACAGUGCAGCCAAACAAACACGUUGUUUUAAUGAAGAAGUCAGUGAAAAAUAAAUAAUAACGGUUCACUGUGGCUACUCCUUCUUGUUCCAUUACUCCCUUGUAAAAAUUAAAAAAGAUCCGAGGAGGGUGAACACUAAACAAUGAAGCUGAUAUCCAUGAGAUAAAAUUAAAAACAGUAACGCUGCAUCGUUUCCUGUGAACCCCUCGUGCAUGAGAUUCCAGCAAAGGAAAGGCGGACUCCGCCACUAACAAUGAAAACUAAUAUUGAAAGAGGUAUUUCCAGAAUGUAAAUACAUAAAUUGGCUAAAUGCUGAGCAGAAAUGGAGUCAAAAACAGGGUUUGAUUUAAUGAAAAUCUUAAGGAUUUGAACUUUAAAAAGUCCACUGGGUAUAGGUUUUAUUUAUGGCUGAGCAAUGGCCCAAUAGGGUACCAGUCCGAUUAAGCUUUUUGUUUUUCUCUCUUGUCUAUGGCCUAUGUCAGUGAAGGUCGACGUGUUGUUGUGAUCCUGUUUGCAUUUGGUUUGUAAUCCUAAAGAAUCCUUGCUUGCUUUUGUGUUCCUCUUUAAAAAAAAAAAAAAAAGUAUAUAAAUAAUAACCAACUAUCAUUUUUGUAUUUAUUUUGUGAAAUGGUUUAAUACUACCUGUAAAUGUUAAACAACAACGUAUGCUUAAGUUAUGUAUGUGUGUAUAUAUAAUGUAUAGGUUUUUCUGGUCCUCUUUGUUGUAGUAUGCACACUCUGUGUUUGAGCCUACGGGCAGAAGUUUGCUCAAGUUUGGGGUCUUCUUUACAAAAAGCCUUAAAACAUAAUCAUAAGAAAACAUGACGGUGAUGAUGAGGAUGAUGAAGAGGAUGAUAUUGGUCAAUAACUGUGAUGAUGCUCUUUAAAAAAAGCCAUGACUGACGAGUGAGAAAGAUGGUUGUGUUUAUGAUGAUGAUAAAGAUUAUAGAGAGAAAAUGAUGUUUGAUGUUAAUGAUGAUGAUUAUAGUGAAGUAAUAUCAGUGAUGAUGAUGAGGAUACUAUCAUUGAUGAUGAUGUCAUAAACUAUAAACACCAGUAGUUUUCUAUGUGAUUGUAAAAUAAAAAGCCUUGUGGUCGGGGCAGAAUAUUAUCUUCUACCGCCCUGCGUGGGCUCAUAGUUACAUUAACUUUUAUAUUCUCUGUAAAAGCUAUCGGUCACGUUGUACAUUACGUGUAUCUAUAUAAAGUAUACAUAAAGCUUA